AUGUCGAUAAGCACCAACACACAGGGCGCACAGGGCGGGGGAAACAACUUGGCGCUGAUUGCGUCGCAUUCGCACAUCAGCGGAUUGGGUCUGGACGACCACUUGCAGCCAAAGGAGACGUCGCAGGGCAUGGUGGGCCAGCUGAAGGCCCGGAAGGCGUGCGGGGUGAUCCUGAAGAUGAUCCAGCAGGGCAAGAUUGCCGGUCGAGCGAUCCUCCUUGCAGGGCCUCCGUCGACGGGAAAGACGGCGCUUGCAAUGGGUCUGUCGCAGAGCUUGGGGGCAGACGUGCCGUUCACGGCGAUCACGGCGAGCGAGAUCUACAGCAAGGAGUUGAGCAAGACGGAGAGCCUGACGCAGAGCUUCCGCAAGAGCAUCGGGAUCCGGAUCAAGGAGGAGACAGAGGUGAUCGAGGGCGAGGUGGUGGAGGUGCAGAUCGACCGGUCGCUGACGGGGGGCCACAAGCAGGGCAAGAUCACGAUCCGCACCACAGACAUGGAGACGGUGUACGAGCUGGGCAACAAGAUGAUCGACGAGCUGAGCAAGGAGAAGGUGAUUGCCGGCGACGUGAUUUCGAUCGACAAGGCGAACGGCAAGAUCACGAAGCUGGGCCGGUCGUACACGCGGGCCCGGGACUACGACGCCAUGGGCGCCGACACGAAGUUUGUGUCGUGUCCCGAGGGCGAGCUGCAGGUGAGAAAGGAGGUGCUGCACACGGUGUCGCUGCACGAGAUCGACGUGAUCAACUCGAGGCAGCAGGGCUUCCUGGCGCUCUUCAGCGGCGACACGGGCGAGAUCCGCAGCGAGGUGAGAGACCAGAUCAACCUCAAGGUGGCCGAGUGGAAGGAGGAGGGCAAGGCCGAGAUAAUACCGGGCGUGCUCUUCAUCGACGAGGUGCACAUGUUGGACAUCGAGUGCUUCUCCUUUGUCAACCGCCUGCUCGAGGACGAGUUCUCGCCCAUCGUCAUCAUGGCCACCAACAGAGGCAUCUCCAAGACCCGCGGCACCAACUACCGCUCGCCACACGGCUUGCCCUUGGACCUGCUCGACCGGACCAUCAUCAUCCAGACCGAGAACUACUCCGAGGAGGAGAUUGGCAAGAUCUUGAGCAUCCGCUGCGAGGAGGAGGAGGUCGACAUCCACGUCGACGCCCUGCACUUGCUCACCAAGAUCGGCACCGAGACCUCCUUGCGGUACGCGGCCAACCUCAUCAGCGUCAGCUACCUCGUGAGCAUGAAGAGACGCUCCGCCCUCGUGGAGAUCGAGGACAUCAAGCGCAGCUACCUGCUCUUCCUCGACUCGUCCCGCUCUGUUGCGUUCUUGCAGGAGAACGAGUCCCACUACAUCGACGACGCCGGCAGGGUGUCCUUCGGCACGUCCUCGGCGGCUGCCACGGCCGUCACGGCCGGCGACAAGAUGGACACCGACCCCUAG